ACCGUUACUGAGAGCCACACAAUGUCAUUCACUUGGAAAUCAUAACAAAACAAUAAAAGCAUAACAUUGGCCAAAUAAUUAACGUGAGAAAAAUCAUAUAAACUUUAAGCAUAAUGCGGCGUCGUGUUGGUCUGGGUGCUAUUCAGCAACAAAAGUUGGCUGCUGAGAAAUAUAGGGACAAGGGUGCUGAUAUACAAGAAUCUCAGCUGGAGCAGAUGACUAAGCAAAUGGAAGUUUUUCGAGUCAAGCUGGAGGAGUUUGCCAUGAAACACAAAGAUGACAUACGCAAGAACGCACAGUUUCGUAAGCAGUUUCAGGAAAUGUGCGCAGCCAUCGGUGUGGAUCCACUGGCCACAGGAAAAGGUUUCUGGAGCGUGCUGGGCAUGGGCGAUUUUUAUUACGAGCUUAGCGUCCAGGUAGUAGAGGUGUGUUUAGCAGCAAAUCACAAAACUGGCGGACUUAUGGAACUUGACGAACUGCGAAGAAGACUAAUUGCUGCACGUGGCCAAAGUGCAGUGCAUCAAGAGAUAACAAAGGAGGACAUACUAAUGGCCGCUAAGAAGCUAAGCAUCUUUGGCAAUGGCUUUGUUGUUCACAAAUUGGGCAAGGGCAAGUAUAUGGUGCAAUCGAUACCUGGUGAGCUUAGCAUGGAGGAAACCAAUAUUCUUAAUGCGGCAUCGAACACAGAACAAGGAUGUGUCACAAAGGAUCAGUUAAUAAAUGAUUUAAGUUGGACGGAUUAUCGCGCUCAGCAAGCUCUGGAUAAAGUGUUGGGCGAAGGGCUCUGCUGGAUUGACAGUCAACCUGGAAACGAUACAAGUUACUGGUUUCCAAGUCUGUUUCCUGGUCGUAAUACACAAAUCGCUACUGCUUAGCAGUUUGAGCACAUGUGUUUAUUUAUUAAAAAUAAAUUAGUUAACGAGUCUGUACAUAACGUCUAAAAAAUAU